GAAAUCGAAGAAAUAUCGCCGAAUGACGAAGAGAGGGAGCAGCAACGAUGGGCCGAGAAAGCGAUUGGGAAAGAGGCUUGGGAACGGAGACAGCAAUCUGGUGAGUACGAUUCGGCAAGUAUUUCGUCAUCGAUUGUGAAUCGUUUCAAACACAAAAGAACUGAUUCAAAUCGACUGGCGGCCACUGCAGGACAAGGUGCUUUAAUACCGUACAAUCCAAGUGAUCCGUAUUCACGACGAGCUGGAAGUGAUGUUGACUUGACCUAUGGUGGUAUGGAACCACCGAUGGCUGGUUGGAUUUCGUUUAGUUCAAUUUGGGAAGGGGAGAAUGAAUGCGUUUGUUGGUAG